GGGGAAGAGCCUUUUCCGAGGAAGAGAGGGAGGAGCCUCGUGGAGGGAGGAAACUACAAAUCGGGACACUAGUUUUUUGCGCUGCAUUUCCUCCCCUCCCUUUGGCUGCUCGGAAAGGAGAGAGAGAGAGAGAGGAAAAACAUAUAUAUCCUUGGCUGGGAGAUGCAGUCUGCCGCCACCGCUGCCUCAGCCAGCAAUGCAAGAUUAGAUCUCUAAAUGCAGCAAAACACCGCCUGAAAACAGACCAACCCGCGAAGCAAGCAGAUAAUUCACAGGGCUCCGGCUAUUUUGAAGCUUCAAAUAUAUCUGACUGUCUCUUCGUUGUUCCUCAUCCCCAGCAAUUUCAUCACAAGAGAGGAGAAACAAGUAAGGAUUUCACUUUCUGAUCUGCCUAGAGACACACCUCCCCGCUCCCUCCCCCACCCGAUGUGAAGAGUAUUCCGGAGGCAAAAAGCUGGAGUGGAUUUGCAGCGCCCUAGCGGGAGCGAGGAAAACCUACGGAUUCUUUAGCUCAUUAUCAUCCUUCCCAAACGCGAUUUCCUUCUUAUCGCUUGUCUCAUCGCUCAAGUUUGAGUCGCCCGAAGUCCGGGCGGGAGAGACAAAGCUCCGGGCUCGCCCCCAGCUGCAGGGAGCCGCCGCCUUGCUCAGUGCCCCUGCAGCUCUGCUGCACCGCUGCUUCUCGCCCAGUGCGGAUGCUGUAGAUCAACAGGUUCAGGGAACUUGAGCGGAAUAAAGAGAGACCGCCGGGUGCCGCAGCCCGGGAGCGGAAGGAAGGAAGGAUCCAUAGACUUGUGGCUUGGAUCGGGGUCGCACGCUGCGCCUGGGCCCCAAGCUGGCGCGCACCCAUCCACUCGCCCCUCCAGUCCGGCUGCUCCUGACAGCACCCCACCGGUCUGGGAUGUACCUUUCCAUCUGCUGCUGUUUCCUCCUAUGGGCCCCUGCCCUGACGCUCAAAAACCUGAACUACUCCGUGCCCGAGGAGCAAGGGGCCGGCACGGUGAUCGGCAACAUCGGCAAGGAUGCUCGACUGCAGCCGGGGCUUCCGCCCGCAGAGCGAGGCGGCGGUGGCGGGCGAAGCAAGUCGGGUAGCUACCGGGUGCUGGAGAACUCGGCGCCGCACCUGCUGGACGUGGAAGCCGACAGCGGACUCCUCUACACGAAGCAGCGCAUCGACCGCGAGUCCCUGUGCCGCCACAACGCCAAGUGCCAGCUGUCCCUCGAGGUGUUUGCCAACGACAAGGAGAUCUGCAUGAUCAAGGUAGAGAUCCAGGACAUCAACGACAAUGCUCCCUCCUUCCCGUCGGACCAGAUUGAGAUGGACAUCUCAGAGAACGCGGCCCCCGGCACCCGCUUCCCCCUCACCAGUGCGCAUGACCCCGACGCGGGCGAGAAUGGGCUCCGCACCUAUCUGCUUACGCGCGACGACCACGGCCUCUUCGCGCUGGACGUCAAGUCCCGCGGCGACGGCACCAAGUUCCCAGAGCUGGUUAUCCAGAAGGCCCUGGACCGCGAGCAGCAGAACCACCACACGCUCGUGCUGACCGCUCUGGAUGGCGGCGAGCCGCCGCGCUCGGCCACCGUGCAGAUCAACGUGAAGGUGAUUGACUCUAACGACAACAGCCCCGUCUUUGAGGCGCCGUCCUACCUGGUGGAGUUGCCCGAGAACGCCCCGCUGGGCACCGUGGUCAUUGAUCUGAAUGCCACCGACGCCGACGAGGGUCCCAACGGCGAAGUGCUCUACUCUUUCAGCAGCUAUGUGCCCGACCGCGUGCGGGAGCUCUUCUCCAUCGACCCCAAGACCGGCCUGAUCCGUGUCAAGGGCAACCUCGACUAUGAGGAGAAUGGGAUGCUGGAGAUCGACGUGCAGGCCCGAGACCUGGGUCCCAACCCCAUCCCGGCCCACUGCAAGGUCACUGUCAAGCUCAUCGACCGCAAUGACAACGCUCCGUCCAUUGGUUUUGUCUCCGUGCGCCAGGGGGCGCUGAGCGAGGCCGCUCCGCCCGGCACCGUCAUCGCUCUGGUGCGGGUCACUGACCGAGACUCGGGCAAGAACGGGCAGCUGCAGUGCAGGGUCCUGGGCGGAGGAGGGGCGGGCGGCGGCGGCGGCCUGGGCGGGCCGGGCGGUUCCGUGCCCUUCAAACUUGAGGAGAACUACGACAACUUCUACACGGUGGUGACUGACCGCCCGUUGGACCGCGAGACACAGGACGAGUACAACGUGACAAUCGUGGCACGGGACGGGGGCUCGCCUCCACUCAACUCCACCAAGUCGUUCGCCGUCAAGAUUCUGGACGAGAAUGAUAACCCGCCUCGCUUCACCAAGGGGCUCUACGUGCUGCAGGUGCACGAGAACAACAUCCCAGGAGAGUACCUGGGCUCGGUGCUUGCCCAGGAUCCUGACCUGGGCCAAAACGGCACAGUGUCCUACUCCAUCCUGCCCUCGCACAUCGGCGACGUGUCCAUCUACACCUAUGUGUCUGUGAACCCCACCAACGGGGCCAUCUACGCCCUGCGCUCCUUUAACUACGAGCAGACCAAGGCUUUUGAGUUCAAGGUGCUUGCUAAGGACUCCGGGGCGCCCGCGCACUUGGAGAGCAACGCCACUGUGAGGGUGACAGUGCUAGACGUGAAUGACAAUGCUCCGGUGAUCGUGCUGCCAACGUUGCAGAACGACACGGCUGAACUGCAGGUGCCGCGCAACGCCGGGCUAGGCUACCUGGUGAGCACCGUACGCGCCCUUGACAGCGACUUCGGCGAGAGCGGACGCCUCACCUACGAGAUCGUAGACGGUAACGACGACCACCUGUUUGAAAUCGAUCCAUCCAGCGGCGAGAUCCGCACGCUGCACCCUUUCUGGGAGGACGUGACGCCGGUGGUGGAGCUGGUAGUGAAGGUGACUGACCACGGCAAGCCCACUCUGUCGGCGGUGGCCAAGCUCAUCAUCCGCUCGGUGAGCGGCUCUUUGCCCGAGGGGGUUCCCCGGGUGAACGGCGAGCAGCACCACUGGGACAUGUCGCUGCCGCUCAUAGCGACUCUGAGCACUAUCUCCAUCAUCCUCCUAGCGGCCAUGAUCACUAUCGCCGUCAAGUGCAAGCGCGAGAACAAGGAGAUCCGCACUUACAACUGCCGCAUCGCAGAGUACAGCCACCCGCAGCUGGGCGGGGGCAAGGGAAAGAAAAAGAAGAUCAACAAAAAUGAUAUCAUGCUGGUACAGAGCGAGGUGGAAGAGAGGAAUGCCAUGAACGUCAUGAACGUGGUGAGCAGCCCCUCCCUGGCUACCUCCCCCAUGUACUUCGACUACCAGACCCGCCUGCCCCUCAGCUCGCCCCGGUCGGAGGUGAUGUAUCUCAAACCGUCCUCCAACAACCUGACUGUCCCUCAGGGACACGCGGGCUGCCACACCAGCUUCACCGGACAAGGGACUAAUGCGAGCGAGACGCCGGCCACUCGGAUGUCCAUAAUUCAGACAGACAAUUUUCCCGCAGAGCCCAAUUACAUGGGCAGCAGGCAGCAGUUUGUUCAAAGUAGCUCCACGUUUAAGGACCCAGAAAGAGCCAGCCUGAGAGACAGUGGGCACGGGGACAGUGAUCAGGCUGACAGUGACCAAGACACUAACAAAGGCUCCUGCUGUGACAUGUCUGUUAGGGAGGCACUCAAGAUGAAAACUACUUCAACUAAAAGCCAACCACUUGAACAAGAACCAGAAGAGUGUGUUAAUUGCACAGAUGAAUGCCGAGUGCUUGGUCAUUCUGACAGGUGUUGGAUGCCACAGUUCCCUGCAACCAAUCAGGCUGAAAAUGCAGAUUACCGCACAAAUCUCUUUGUACCCACAGUUGAAGCUAAUGUUGAGACUGAAACUUACGAAACUGUGAAUCCCACUGGGAAAAAGACUUUUUGUACAUUUGGAAAAGACAAGCGAGAGCACACGAUUCUCAUUGCCAAUGUGAAACCUUAUUUAAAAGCCAAACGUGCCCUGAGCCCUCUCCUCCAAGAGGUCCCCUCAGCAUCAAGCAGCCCAACCAAGGCAUGCAUCGAGCCUUGCACCUCAACGAAAGGCUCCCUGGAUGGUUGCGAAGCAAAGCCAGGGGCUCUGGCCGAGGCGAGCAGCCAGUACUUGCCCACUGACAGUCAGUAUCUGUCCCCCAGCAAGCAACCGAGAGACCCUCCCUUCCUGGCUUCUGAGCAGAUGGCAAGGGUCUUCGCCGAUGUGCAUUCGAGAGCCAGCCGGGAUUCCAGUGAGAUGGGCGCUGUCCUGGAGCAGCUUGACCACUCUAACAGAGAUCUGGCCAGAGAGCCGGUGGAUGCAGAGGAAGUCGUGAGAGAAAUCGACAAGCUUCUGCAGGACUGCCGGGGAAAUGACCCUGUGGCUGUGAGAAAGUGAAAAAAAAAAAAAAAAGCAUUGGCAUUUUCUUGUCUCUUCUGUUGAUUUAAAAAUGACCCCUCCUGGUGAAAACCCCAUUUUACAGGGAUAAAGAAAGACCGAUGCUGCUUUAAGGCUUUUAGUGAACAUCUGAAGUGCCCACAAGUAUGUUCUUUUCACUGCUGUUUCUUUUUCAGAAAUAACAAUGGCUUUGUUUUGACCAAACUUAUAUUAGGACAGAAUUAACGAUGUUCAAAGAGGAAAGAAAAACAGAGAAGAAAAAAGAGAGAAGAAAAAGGAGGAUGAGGAGGCAAGUUACCUUGUGACUAUCUGUUAGGAAGGUAUGCAGUGUGAGAAUGGAAGUUUUUUCUCAUUGCUCUAAGACUGUCCUCCGUGAUUUAUUCUGACGUAACUGUUUACCUAUAAACCCCAUACAAAGCAGGGUCAUAAUUUGUGAUCUGUGGUAGAAUUUCUAGCAGUCACCACAGGCUUCUACUGAAAGUCCUGAAACAACCUUGCAGUAGUCCAAGCUACACCAAACAUUAACACAUAUUUGUGGUAAACAUUUCUGUAUAAAGUUACCUGCCACGCAUAGAAACACAGAAAACAUUCCAUAACAUUAGUC